AUGUCUGCGCCAUCUAACAAACCGAUCUCGAUGGCACCGUCCUCGACGCCACCUGCUGCGGCAACGGCUUCUGCGAUUCUCGAAAAGACCAAUCCGGGUGUCCGCCGCUCAACUCCCGACUCCGAAGCACUGGCCUCCUCAGAUGACGACGGUGAUCAUGUUGCGCAAGCACACAAUAUUAUCCCACCUUCUAGCAAGCCCCCGGCUCGCCGCACAUCGUGGUUGAAUGAAGUCCCAAUUUCGGCCCAGCGCAAACAUUCCCUGUCCGGUGGUCACCUGGUGUCUGCUCCAUCCAACCCUACUAGCCCAUCCAGUGAUCAGGCACCUUGGGCAACAACCACAAGCCCAAACCUUGCCGCAUCUUUCAAUUGGAACCAGGCUGGAGGAAGCACGUUUCCUUGGGGCACUGGUACAGGCAUCUGGAAUACCGAAUCACGCAAAGAACCACCCUCUCGCUUGUCCGAAAUGGUCCCCUCUCCAACGAUGACCAAUCCGCCUCUCGUAAGCGGCAUGCAGGACGAGAUGCUAAGCCCGAUUACUCGGACUAUUUCCGGUGAAUCAAACAUCCCCUUUUCUAUCCCUCUACACCCAACUCCGAAGACAUACCGCUCCCAGUCAUACUCCGUGGGUCAGAUGGACCCUGAGUUCCUGGGUCUUGUUGCCGGCAAGCCUGGGGCCGGUGGGCAGUACCCCAGCGGUCGCCCCCGCGGCCCCGGUCAGAUAUCCGCCGUCCAGCCUCGGGCUUCGCGCCCGAGUAUGCUAGGUGAACUGGGGCAUGAUCCCGCCAUGCUCGGCCGAGUCCGCGAAGAUGAAGACGGUGACGAUAGUCUCAACAGCUCCGAGAGCGACCUGAACUACUCGGCGAGUCAGGCACGUCAGAUUGAGCAGCUGGCCCGCGAGAAUGCGCUCCUCCGACAGGCUGCCGCGGCAGGUCAAAUGGACCACAGAUACCGCGAGCGUGCUGGGUCGGCUGCUUCGAUCGGCGGCGGUGUUCAUUCCCUGCAUCGCAUUCAAGGCGGCGUGCCGGAAGAAGACCCAGGCGCGGAAGAUCUAGGAGGUUUGCGCGAUAUCGCGGGAUACAACAACAUGCGUGGGAUGUCGAGUCGCCGUUUCUCAGAGCAUUCGCCAAAUCCGGAGCAUUUCGCACAGUUCGCUUCCCCGAUUGAGAAUCGUGCACUGGAGAAUGUGCGCAAGGCUCACUGGCAAACCUCUCUUGGUUUCGGUGGCAUGCCUGACAUUCCUCAGAGUCGUCGUCACUCUUUCGCUGAUAUUCCUAUGCGUCAUGGAUCGAUCGGUUCAGUGGACCCUCUUUCGGCUACUACUCCCCGCGCAGGUGACAUAGAUCGUGAUGACGGCUAUGGCAAUAUCAGUGAUUAUCAAAACGCAUCUUUCUAUCCUCGCGAGCAGACUCUGCGUGGAGAUGGCUCUUCCGGCAUUCCUUCAUCUCUCAGUCAGUAUGCCAUGUCGAGUGGCUAUGGUCGUCCUCCGUCCACGCUUUCACACGUCCAUCAGAAUCAGCUUCUGUAUAUUGUUGCUUUCAAGUGCAGUCGUGCAGAUGUAUUUUACAUCCAAGAAGAUACUGGUCUCCAAGUGAAGCAAGGUGAUUUGGUCAUCGUGGAAGCUGAUCGCGGCACUGAUUUGGGCACUGUCAUUCACUCGAACAUCUCACUUCAGCAAGCUCGUGAGCUGAAGCUUCAUUACGCCGAAGAACACUAUAAGACGCUCAUGAUGUACUCUCGACACGGUCAACUUGAGGGAUCUGCCUUGACGAACCCCAACGCAGGCUCAAACACCCGAGGUGCCACAGGUGGCAUGGGUCCUCACGGUCCGCACGGAGGGCAGGAACCGAGCUCUGAGCUCAAGCCCAAGCUCAUCAAGCGUCUGGCACAGAAGCAUGAGGUGAUGACAUUGCACGACAAGGAAGGAAACGAAGCGAAAGCCAAGCGUGUCUGCCAACAGAAAGUUGUAGAGCACCGUCUCAACAUGGAAAUCCUCGAUGCCGAGUUCCAGAUGGAUUGGAAGAAGCUUACUUUCUACUACUUCGCCGACUCAUAUAUCAACUUCAACUCGCUGGUGACCGACCUGUUCAAGAUAUACAAGACUCGCAUCUGGAUGUCCGCCAUCAAUCCAGCCUCGUUCGUCACGCCUCCCACCGCUGGCCUCCCCGGCCCCGGCGGUGUCUCCAAUCCUCUCUACAACCAAGAUACGGAGCGCCGUCACCAUGAGACCAGACCAUACGGUGGGUCCCGUGAUGGCAUCGACGCAGGCCGUGAUUUGACAAACCCUGUCGGCAUGCUCCGCACGACCUACGGCGACGCCUACCAGCCCUUCGGUCAGCCAGCCCGUCAGACCGAGGGAACCCAGCCGGACGUUUUCGGCGGCCAGAGCCCCUCCAAUUUCGGGCCUGGCGAAUCCUUUGAAUACCCGUCCGGCAUCGGUUCCAACGGCGCAGCUCGCAUGCACCAAGCCCAAGGCGAAUGGUUCUCGCGAUUCCAGGGCCUGUCGCUGAACUCUUAA